GCGACCGCGCAUGCGCCCCCCAGCUCUCGCGCUCUCGCGCUCGGAUCAGUCAGAGUUGAACCCAGAGUCGUCUGUCCACGCCGAGCGGCUUCACUAUGAACACACAUGGUAUUUACUAACAGCCCGUGCAGCGCGUCUGGUUUCAAAGAUUUUGAAAUGAAGAAGGACAUCGAUACUCUAAUAGCGGAAGAACGGGCUGAGAUCAUCCAAAAAUAUGAGAAGGGCAGGCAGGAGGGUGUGCACAUUAACCCCUGGGAGGACGCCGACUACAGCAUCUACAAGGUCACGGACCGCUUCGGUUUCCUGCAUGAAGAGGAACUGCCAACACCGACCGCGGCGGAGGAGAAGUACAAACUCCAGGAGGUUGAAAGAGAGGAAAAAUGGGUUAAGAUGGUGAAAAGUUGGGAGAAGUACUGCACAAGCGAAAAGAUGAUGAAGCGGGUAUACAAGGGGAUUCCCUUGAAGCUGCGCGGCCAGGCCUGGGCUCUGCUGCUGGACGUGAAAACGGUGAAAGAGGCGAAUUACAGGAAGUACGAGAAAAUGAAGGAACAGGCCAAGAAGUAUUCGACGGAAAUCAAGCAGAUCGAUCUGGACGUGAACAGGACCUUCAGGAACCACAUCAUGUUCAUGGAACGCUUUGGGGUCAAACAGCAAGCUCUGUUCCAUGUGCUGGCAGCGUAUUCGGUCUACAACACGGAAGUGAGCUACUGUCAGGGCAUGAGUCAGAUCGCUGCCAUUCUGCUCAUGUACAUGAAUGAGGAAGAUGCAUUUUGGGCCUUAUCACAGCUACUGACCAAUCAGAAACAUGCCAUGCAUGGAUUCUUCAUCCCAGGGUUUCCCAAACUCCAGCGUUUUCAGGCUCAUCAUGACCAAAUACUGUCCAAACUGCUUCCCAAACUCAGGAAACACUUGGAUAAGGAACAGAUGUCCACUGGUAUCUACACAACCAAAUGGUUCCUUCAGUGUUUUAUCGACAGGACACCCUUUACACUCACUCUGCGCCUUUGGGACAUCUACAUAUUAGAAGGAGAAAAAAUUCUAACCGCCAUGGCCUAUACGCUUCUUAAAUUGCACAAAAAGCAUCUUCUGAAGAUGUCUCUGGAGGACCUGAGGGAGUUUCUGCAAGAGCGUAUUGCUUCCUCCUUCAGCAUGAGCGAUGAUGCAGUUAUUGAGCACCUACAGUCGUCAAUGACAGAACUCCGCAGGAUGAAGCUUGACCUCCCUCCUCCAGCCAAGGGAGAUGAGUUCCCAAAGAUACCCCUGGGUGAGGAGCGUCCAAUAAUACUGCUUCCCAUAAUCAAGACUGAGUGCGUACCCUUGCCACAAUCGGCACACAACAAUCAAACCUCAACCAAGCUUCAGACAGAAGACACCACCACCCACAAGCAAAGCACCGAAAAACACAUCCCUACCAUUACCUCAUCUUCCCCUUUUUCAAAACACACCCACUCAACUUCCACCUCUUCACUUUCACAAGCUACACCUGAAGAACCAGGGACCUCGGUGAAGAAUGUAGACGCUGCACCUGUACAAAGACCAGAUCAGCAUCAUCAACUACUCCCAAAACCUGCCCCGUUUGCAGCAGAGACUAUUUCAUUGAAGAAUGAAUGUGUUAGUAGGCCCCUAUCAGUGGUGUCUGAAGAUUGGCCUCCUCCAUACCAGCCACCCAUUACAGAUUCAUCCAGUAUCCACUCUUUGAAUCUACCAGAAUUACCUCCUCCACCUCUUCCCGGUAGCGAAGAAAGGGUUGAGCUUUCCCCUUCAGAAGAGGAUGUCACAUUUUGCCUUCCUCCUCCUCCACCACUAAUUACCCAACCAUUGGAUCUCAUCUUAGAAGAUCCGUCUUCGUCACCAUCCUCGUAUAGGUCUUAUCGGCAGCUAAGCAAGUUUCCAGUCAACUUGUAUGUCCCGCCAUCAUCAAGUGACCGGAGACCUUCCAACACCUCACAUUACGACAACCUCUCAGAAGAGGAGGAUCUGUCUGUGGAGAGACUACUAGAAACGGCGGCCACAUUGCCGCAGAACCCAAACUUGAGUCUAAUGAACACCACCCUUCCCCUUCCUCCAGAAGAUGCCAUGUCUCUUUCUCUACCGCCCCCUUCUAUGUUCUUCUACACACCUGACUCUUCACCACUCCCUCCACCUCUUUCAUGCACUGAGGCGGCAAACAGUUGGGUGAACUCAGACUGCCUUUUUCCCCAACCACCUUCUGACUUUGCAGAUAAACCCACUGUUGAACCUUCAGUCCCGUGCAGUCAGGUGGUUCCAAACCAGACUGAACAAGAUAAGAAUCAGUCACAGCUCCCAAGGCUACCGCCCAAAAAAUCACGCCCCACAGUGCUCUCUCCUGUCCACUCUGAUACAGACUUCUACCGAAUGCAUGUUUCAAGUCAUUAGUUGCCGGAGUCACACUUUUGUUAUUCGAUGAUAUCAAGUGAACUUUUUUUGGUGUUGCAAGGUUUGUUAUAUAUGACAGAUCUAAACAGGAUGCUAGAAUGUGUGCGUUUUAUCAGUGUGUCAUGCAAAUUUGAUAUACUCGAAUCCCCUUUUCUAAAAGAGAAGCAACUCCUUCCAGGGAGUCAUCAUGUGGUUUGAAAUUCUUUCAUUUCCACUGGCCACCAUUAUUGUUUGUUGUUUUCUGGGAGAUAUUGUGUCCCCAUCUCAAUUAGAGCAGUUGCUAUUUCUUUGUCUUAUGCUUUCUUGGUCGGUUUUAUCUUGGUGCAAUGGUUUCUUUUUAAACUUUGGUUAUAUUUUGAAAAUGCAUCCAACGAUGCACAUUGAAGGUUGUGGAAAUUUCAACAAAGAUCUUUCCACUCUAACGUAAGUUCCCUGAUUACAUUGAAAGGGCAUUUUUUCAGUGGUCUUGCAUUUGCUCAAAAAGGAACUUCCUUAGUGCUGUGAACUGCCCUCUAGCACCAUCUUGUGGAAGACGGAGAAGCACAGCUUGGUAAAAAAAAAAUGUAUAUACUGGGAAACAGCCACCACACUGAAUGUUAAAAUGAAGAAACUGUAUAGUCAAGGCCAUUUUAUGGCUUUUGUGUAAUUGUAAAUAGAACAGGUUUGAUUUGCACUUUGUUGUUUGUAUUGAGAGCUUAUAUUUAAUUGCAUUUACAUUAUGCUUCUCAGGUGUUGAUGUUCAGUUCGUGUUGAAACUUUUAAACCCGAUUUAACGUUUGAACUUUUUGAACUCCAUGCUCAUUUGACUUUUGAUUAACAACUUCAAAACAAAA